GCGGCCGCGGCUGAGCGGAGCCGGAGGCUGCUCGGCCGCCGCCGCCUCUCAUGCCUUCACGGCAACAAAGAACGCGCUGAGCGGCGGGGGAAGGCGCCGGGCCCCUGGCUGUGCCCCGGCAGCGCCGGCGCGGAGGGCACCGAGAGACGAUGGCGAGGAAGAGCGAAGCCUCCGCACAUCUCUACGGUGAACCAAGGAAAUUUGACCCGAAGUUCAGAGGACCUAUUCAUAACAGGCACUGCACAGACAUUAUUUGCUGUGUGAUCUUCAUUGUUGUCAUUCUGGGUUAUAUUGCAUUAGGAGUUGUGGCUUGGGUGCACGGGGACCCUAGGAAAGUGAUUUAUCCAACUGACAGCUAUGGGCAGUUCUGUGGGCAGACAGAUACCCUCAAUGAGAACAAGACCAUUUUGUUUUACUUCAAUAUUCUGAAAUGUGCCAGCCCCGUAGUGUUAUUAAACCUACAGUGCCCUACAACACAGCUUUGUGUCUCAAAGUGCCCAGACAGGUUUGCAACCUACAUUGAUGUUCAGGCUUCCUACAGAUAUAGACCAGAUCAGUGGAAUUACUUCAGACAGUUCUGCAAACCUGGUUUUAACAAUCCUCGCAAGUCUGUUGCUCAAGUCCUACGUGAUGAAGAUUGUCCUUCGAUGAUCAUUCCAAGCAGGCCUUUUCUGAAGAGAUGCUUCCCAGACUUCUCCACGAAGAAUGGUGUGUUGACCGUGGCAAAUCAGACUACAUUCAAAGAUGGAAGAGGGAAAACAAGAAAUGUAACUGAUCUCAGGGAAGCUGCAAAUGGCAUCAAUAAUGUUCUGGAUGCAAGAUCAGUUGGAAUGAAAAUUUUUGAAGACUAUGCCAUUUCUUGGUAUUGGAUUUUAAUUGGACUGUUCAUUGCAAUGAUGCUGAGUCUGCUGUUCCUUGUGUUAUUGAGGUUCACAGCUGGGGUUCUCUUCUGGAUUUUCAUCUUUGGUGUGAUUGGAAUUAUAGGUUAUGGCAUCUGGCAUUGUUACUGGGAGUAUGAUCAUCUUAAAGGAAUACCUGGAUCUGACCUCACUGUUUAUGAUAUUGGAUUCCAGACAGACUUCAAAGUGUACCUGCAACUGAGGCAAACAUGGUUAGCAUUUAUGAUAAUACUUUGUGGUGUUGAGGUCAUAAUCAUACUGAUGCUGAUCUUCCUAAGAAAUCGGAUUCGGAUUGCUAUUGCACUGUUGAAGGAAGGUAGUAGGGCAAUUGGCUAUAUAAUGUCUACACUGUUCUACCCAAUCGUCACCUUCUUACUCAUUGCAAUUUGUAUUUCCUACUGGGCUGUGACAGCUGUUUUUCUGGCCACAUCAGGAGAACCUGUGUAUAAAGUAAUGGCUAAUCAAACACUGUGCAAGUAUGCAAACCUGACUUGUGACCCAGAGACUUUUAACACAACCAAUGUGACUAAAUUGUGCCCAGGUGCUCAGUGUACUUUUGCUUUUUAUGGAGGAGAAAGCCUGUACCAUAAGUACAUCUUCAUCUUCCAGUUAGCCAAUGCCUUUGUCUUUCUCUGGCUGGUGAACUUUGCGAUUGCACUGGGUCAGUGUACCCUUGCUGGUGCCUUUGCCUCUUAUUACUGGGCCUAUCGAAAACCAGCUGAUAUUCCGCUGUGGCCACUCUUCUCUUCAUUUGGACGAGCAAUACGAUACCAUACAGGUUCACUGGCAUUUGGAGCCUUAAUUCUUGCAGUUGUCCAGCUUAUUAGAGUAAUACUGGAAUACCUGGAUCACAAACUGAAAGGUACUCAGAACUCCGUCACUAGAUUCCUACUCUGCUGCCUCCAGUGCUGUUUCUGGUGUUUAGAAAAAUUCUUAAAAUUUAUAAACAGAAAUGCCUACAUCAUGAUUGCCAUAUAUGGUAAAAACUUCUGCACCUCGGCAAAGGAGGCCUUCUUUUUGCUCAUGCGGAAUGUAGUGAGGGUUGCAGUUCUGGACAAAGUUACAGACUUCCUUUUGUUUCUGGGGAAAAUCCUUGUGGCUGGUGGAGUAGGUGUUCUUGCAUUCUUUUUCUUCACACAGAGAAUACCAGUCUUUGCACAGGAAGUGCCAAUGCUAAAUUACUACUGGGUACCAUUGUUGACAGUCAUCAUUGGCUCCUACCUAGUAGCGCACGGGUUCUUCAGCGUCUAUGCAAUGUGUGUCGACACGCUUUUCCUCUGCUUUUGUGAAGACCUGGAAAGAAAUGAUGGAUCUACAGCAAAACCCUACUUCAUGUCAGCUAGCCUCCACCGAAUUCUAGGGAAGAAGAAACUAAGCCCUAAGAAGGCAUCGGGAUAAUGAGUGCUAAACCUCAGCAUCAAAAAGUGUCACUUUUAAGCAAAACGUGUAUAAAGUAGGCAAAAGUAAAAACUGUAAAUGAUGCUUCUGGUUAAUGGGUGAUUCUUUUUUCCUUUUGCUUAUAUAAAAAAAAGGAGCAACAUUGGUAACAUUUAAGUAGUUAAAAUGCUUAAACUAACAGCUGUGAAAACAAGGCCACAUUUUAGUUUAUAGAGUGCCUAUGAAAAGGAAAAUGUAAAUUUGAAACUUUUAUAAGUGUGUAAUGAUGUUUUAAUAACUUUUGUAAUACAAGUUGCUGCCUUAGAUGACAGCAGUUUUGAUAAUGUUUCUUAUAAGUGUAUAUUUGUUAAAGAAAUUCAGGCAGUUUUUUGAAAGCACUAACGUAUAACCUAAUUAGCCAUAAAAAAUUAUAGUUUGAGACUCCAGUUAACAAGGAGAUGGUACUAAAUUUGUAAAUAUGGUGCUAUGAUUGUAUUUUUUUGUACAAGCUGGUUUGCAGCUAUUUAAACUGUGAUUAUACAUGCAUUAAUGAUUCCCUACACUGAAAAAUGUAGUGAUAUUUUAAUCACAUUCACAACUGCAUCUUUUAAGACAUGAUGGUACCCUGCAGAUCCCAAAGAAGGUAGUCAGAAAAUACUUAAGUUGAUACUGCUUAAAUUAAAGUUUUCUGGGAGUUGUGCUUAAAAGAUUAUAUAACUGAGAGAAGGUCCCACUGCAGCUGAAGUGAUUUGUGGUUUACACAAAUGAGGUUUCAUCUGGUACAAGAUGGUGAAUGUAUAAUUUUUAGCUGAUGUCUAAGAGAGAUGCACAUGUGUUAAUAUCCCCCUAUCCCUGACAAGUCUCUGAUUGCAUUCUGUGCUAAAGGAAGUUGAGCUUCACUGGAAGAAAAACUAAAUGCAGUCCUUUUUUUCAUUGAAUGAAAGUCUUUGCUCUGUGUGUGCCCAAGGAGUUCCAGUGCAUCUGCCUAGCUUUAAAGGGCUCCUGCCAAGCCAUGGGAAUGACUGUGCAGGUGCAGAGGGCCGGGGCUCGCUUCCUGCACGUCUCCGUGUGGCUCACACAGUAAGGUACUGGGACAUUGAACUCAAAUCUUCUCAUGGUACAGAAUGAAUUAUUCAACAGCUGAGAGAUGCUCUGAAAGAUUUAGUUUGCUUUUCUAUUGUUAAAUUUGCCCAGUCAUUAGUACGAAGUCAUUAAUACACCUGUUGGUAGGAAGCACAUUACAUUUGGUGUGGUUUAUGACCCUCCCAGUAGUGGAAAUGUCACUGCCAUUAAGUGACAGCUCUGCUGAUGGAAAAAGUCUUAACACUGGAGAGUUUAUCAAGUCUGUUACUGCCAAGAUGGAGCUAAAAAGAUUUUAAUUUAUUAGUCUCCUGGGGAGCCAAGGACCCAGCCAUACUGAGGCCUGCCUCUAGUUUUCAUGGAUUCCAGUGCUUUGAAGAAGUUAUUUCAGCACUUUCCAGGAGUGCCAUAUGCCAUACAUUUGCCAGUUCUGUGGCAGGAGUUUAGCACCUGGAAAUACUUUUCUAACCCUAGAUGUACAUUGGUGUCACAAAAAGAAGUGUAAAUUCUUUUCCAGAUGAUUGGAAGGCAAGUUUCUGGGGAAAGUUUACUGACCAUCUCUAUCCCAGUGGGAUUUUGCUCUCUAACAUACACCUCUGAUUUGUGAUGUCUGUGAUCACUGCAAUGGCAGUAACACUGUCCUUCAUGCCAUGGGUCUGGGGUCAUGUUGAUGCACAAGUGACCACCAUCCACACUCUUGCAGUCGUGGGCAUGGUAAGAUCUUGAAAUUCAGUCACCUGAGGUGCAGGUGGGAAUAUCCUUGUAAGCUUUCUCUUUAGUCCGAUGUAUGCUGGAGCCCUUUUCCCUGAAGCAGAAAUGAGGGGUUCAGUUUAGGACUCCAAGAUUGUAAAAUAAAGGCAUAUGGUUUCAAAUGUAGCUGCUGAUUAUAGGCACCUUUAGAUUUUGGUAACCCCUCCUGAGAUACCCUAGAGGAAACUUGACUUUUAGAAAGGACUGGGAAUCCCACCUUUGGGGAAAAAAAAGGACUCUUGAGAGAUUAAGUUUUUCAUUAUCAUCAUCAUCAUCAUCAUCAUCAUCAUCAUCAUCAUCAUAAUUCCUUUCUCAUUAUGUGCAUGGUAUGGAUUGCACAACCCCCCCCCCCAUGUUUCUAAUAUUUUUUGAGAAUGAAGUCAGUAACUUUUGGGGGGUAUGUGUAACCAUUCUGUGAUUAAAGAAACUGUUGAUCUUGUUACAACCCAUGUUUUAAAGCUUUUUUUUUUUUUUUAAUACUGCUGAUUAAUUUUCAGCUAAAGAAACUGCAUUACUGCAUAAUCUAUAUUUCUACUGGACUUGAGUGUCUUACUGAGAGCUCAAUUGAAAAAGCAUAUUUCUGAAUAUAACUUGCUUUUUAUCAUAUGAAUGUAACCACAGAGUUUACUAGGAAUAAAACAUAAUAGGAAAUAGUAUACAGUUAUUUGAUUAGAAAACUUUUGUAACAAACCUAUGCAUUUACUAAAGGAAUUUCUAAAAGUGAAAGUUUUGAAUUGUAUUAUUAUUUAUAUAUGGUAAAAAUUAUAUAUAUGUAUAAAUUUGCUCCUCUCACUAUUUUGUGAAAUUAUUUAGAAUGUAAUUGAUCAUCAUUUCUGAGAAGAAAAUUUAAAAGCCAUUUUUUAUAGUGUAAUUAUGAGAACUGUGAAAAUACAAAGCAAUACCAUGUAGAUUUUGUAAUCAGUAAAUUCAAUAAGUAGUAAUUAUUUAAUAUUGAAAUUGGCUUUUUAGAAAUAAAUUGCUAAUAAUUAGUCAAAAUUCAUGCAAAUAUUUACUUGGGAAAGGUUCGCCUGAGGUGUUUCAAGACUAUCUUAUUAUAAUGGUUCCUAAUUAAUCCUGUGGGCCAGAGUCUGCAGGUGCACACCACAGAGGAGGUACUAAAAUUGACAUUUUUGGAUUUGGACUUUUACUUUGUUGCUUGCUUUAGUAUGAAAUUAAAAAUUCCCUUUUUUACUGUAGAGAGUGGAACACAGUAAAAUAUGCCAUGUGCUUUGCUGCUGAGCCCGCCAGGCUCAGGGCUGGUGACACGGUGCCCACAGUGCUGCCAGGUGCUGCAGGCGUGGGAGACCCCAGAACCCGCAGGCUCCCGAGCUGCCCAGGGCAUGCCAGGGUCGGGGGCAUGGCUCGGGGUCAUGCCAGGCACCUUCUCCCUGGGAGGAGCUGUGGAAAAGCAGGUGGAUCUGAAGAAAGACCCUUUUACAUGAGUGGAAAAGAAAAAAAAACAUUGUCAAGAUCACAAACAAGCAAAACGUAGAAACCAAGACAGUAGAAAACACCUGCUAUCACAUCCAUGUGAUCACGUUUUUUUAGUUUGGUUUGGAUUCAUUGUAUCUCCCUAAAGCAUAUUACUGAAUGGCUUUCAUUUACAUGUUUUAUACCAAAGUUUGAAUGUCAAGCCUUCAAAUUUUGUAAGGAAAAAAAAGACCCACAAAAAAAAAACUCAACAAAAAACCACUACACACACACACACAAAACCAUCAAAACAAAACAAAAAAACCACCUCAUGGAAACAAAACACAGAAACAAGAAGAUAGGGUCAUUUCUUCUGAUGAGGAUUUUUUUUCCCAAACAGUAUUCAGCAGAUGAUUCUUGGGUGAUCCAAGGAUGCUGAAUAUUCUUUUAAAUGUUAGUAUUUUAUGAAAUAUUUUACUAUUGCAUGUUCUGCUGUAGAACAGGAAAAAUAUUUUUGUGGAUGCAAUGUCAGGCUGAUUCUUCAAUUGUCAGUAAGCGUUCUUCCACAAGUGGGCUGUCAGAGAAGUGGUUAUGAAGAAUAAACUGACUGGUUUUGAGUAACCCAGAAUGUCUCCCUUUGACCAGUUGCUCAGCCUGGACAGCUGUAUCCUUGCAGAGAAAGUGCCUUACUGGCUGUUACUUUACCUGGCUUACAUUUUGAAAUUCAUUUAUACUGUGUAGACUACAAAACAGAAAAGGCUAGAGAGGAAAACCGACAUUUUAUUUCAAAUUGAUUGACAAAAAAAUCAACUGUAGUAAGGAUGUCAGAUGUGUUUGCACUGUGUGAUGCAGCACACUGUUGCUGUUGAGAGAUUGUGAAAAUCGAUGGUGUAGUCUGGGAGAAAACGUGACAAUAGUGUUGCAAAUAAAUUAAAACAAUGCAAGACUGUUCCAUUUUUAUGCAGUAGAUUUUUAAAAUAGCUUUAAUUUGUGGUAUAGUGGACUUCUGAGUAGGGCCUAUUCUGCUUUCUGUUUACAAUGAUCAUGUGUAUUGUACCUGUGUAACUGUGGGUAGAACUGGGCUCUUGCUACUUACAACAGAAGGAAUAAAGCUAAAAAUUACGUAUAUAUUACUGUAAUACAUCUAUUUGUGUGUUUAUAAGCAUAAGGUUCCUUCUCCAUUUCAAGAUUGAUAAUUUCUUAUUCUGGAACCAUUUUAUAAAGUGUUCCAAAUUUUUAAACUUUUGAUACAGGCAAUGAUUUUUGGGGUAAUUUGUAAUUUGUACUGCACUGUAAACAACUAGAAAAUGAGUGUUUCUUCAUGUUCAAGUAACACUAGUGCUAUUAGUAUUAAAAUUGUCUGUUACUCUAUGCUACAAAAUGUCCACAUGCAUUUGUCCCAAAUAAUGAGUUUUAAAGCCAUAAAAAUGGCUUUUUGAGAUUUAAGAAAUGAAAGGUAGGUUUCAUUAAUAUGAUUCUUGAGACUGUAUUGUUUUGUCAAAACCGAAUUAACACGAGCAUGAUGAUUUGAGCUCUAAAUCCUGUUGCUUCUGCUAUGCAGAAAUAGAAUCCUAUUGUUUAAAUAUCUUUGAUAACGGAAGUGCUUAAUUCUGUUGUUACUUCACCGUUUCACAUUUCUUGGGGAUUGUU